UACCUUAACUUGAUUUCCACUUUAAAUGGAAAAUUUUGACCGCAAACGCGUACCGGCCACGCAGUGUAUUCGAGGCUCGGAUUUUUCCAGCCGACUCAGAAACGUUUUUUUCUUGCUUACCUUAAAUUAUAUCUAUUUUUUGUACAAAGUGACGUAGAAAUCGCAUUUAGUACAUUUCUAUGGUGACACAGAGAUGACAUCCGCAACACUUUGUUUAUAUUGUGACCACAACAUAGUAAAUUGUGGCCACAAGUUAGUAAAUUGAGUGCUACGGAUGUCACCUCUAUGCCACCGUAGCCUUCCAAAAAACUUAACUUUUGAUUGAGAUGUAAGCGGACACAGAAUAUCGAUUACCUUAAGAAAACUGUUGAUAUCAACGCAUUUGUGAUUUAGCUGUGUUAGUGUUUAUUUAAGAAUUUGUGUCUGCAUUGUUACAAACAUUAUAACAGAACGUGAUCUUCAUCUGUGUCAAGGACAAACGUCGCCUGUUUGCACACAAGAUCGUCUUUGGAAACGAGGUUGUUCAACGAGCCAUGCAAUCUACCGCUUACUAUUUAACAUGCCCGGGUGUCUCUGAUCUUCGGAGGCUACCAUAGCUGGCUGGCAGUUAGACAAACGGUGCUUAAAUUUGUGGACUGCUGAAAUAAGCGGAAACUGCAUAAUUAGGUAUUGAAUAAGAUCUAAUGGCAAAACAAUGGCCUCUUAUCGAGAAUUUUUAAAGAAGAAGGCCGCCCAGAACUGGAUAAAGGCCGCCCUCGCCCUCAAAAUCACCAAGGACGGAUUACAAGAUUUUCUGGAGGACGUUCUGACAUGCGUUCACCAGGACAUCUAUAGCACUGUUAGAACAUCCAAGGGUCUUCCAUCCAGGGCAGCAUGUGCACAUUGUUUCACAGAAAACGUGUUGAAGUGCCCAACUCGUGGGAUAUGCACCAGUACUAGAAACUGUAGAUUUCAUAACUGUCCUCAAAAACUGUAUGCUCCUUGUCCAAAUGGGAUUUGUGAAGGCGUCCGUGAUGAAAUAGUCAAACAUCACAGGUUUUCGGGACCAUCAUGGAAGAAUACGAACGCCGACAAAUGGAGCACCAUUCCCUGGGAGAUAGGCAAGUGUUUCCUGCCCCCUGAUGGCUACAAGACCGUGUCCUCCAUCAAAGACAGUGACUUUAACGGAGUGAUCAGCGUCAUGAUGAAUUGCGAGGAUUUCCAGAACAAACUGUCGUUUAACGUUGCGACACAGCAAAAUUUAUUAACAGAGGUUCGGGAUAUUGGUCGACGCGUACGCCAUUCCCAUGACCAGAGGGUCAAGAACACAGAACUAGUGGACUUUGUGUUGAAGCUACGCACCCUGCUGGAGGAUAAGACUGAACUAGCAAACAGACCGGAGGCACAACACGCUGUGGAACAGCUUAAGAAGCUGCAAACAGACGAUUUCAAGAUCAGUGCUGAGAACGAAGGGGAGAUAUUGAAGGAAGGAUUACGACUACGUUUGGCAAACCAUUACCGAACCACGUUGGCCGACAUGCCGAUAUCUCCCAUUCUCGGAGAAAAGAACGCCAAACUCAGGAAAUUCUACGUGGCACCGACAAUUGUGGAGAAAGAUCAUCGAAAAAUCGGCAAAAUUGACAACAAAGAAAGCGGUCAAAAAAUUGCAAAAUUUUCAGAUGUUUUCAAAAAAGAAAUUCAGUUGCUCAGAAAUGUUUUCCUUGUUGGAGAACCGGGCAAUGGCAAAUCUACAUUCUCCGUAAUGUGUGCCCUGGAUUGGACUCACCAAUAUUUACCAGCGGAGGAAAACGUCGGUAUUAAAACAAGCUUUGCCGACCCAGAAUUCUUCAAAGAGUUUGCAUUUUUGUUUCAUGUCACCCUACGAGAUUCAGGUAAAACGUGUGAUCUAGCAGAAAUGAUCAAGGAUCAACUUAUACGUAAAAUCUACCACGAGAAGGAUGCCGAUGAUGGUUACCGGCUAUUGCAGACGGUGCUGGAAAGUGAAACAUGUUUAAUCAUAGCUGACGGCCUCGACGAAUGGACCCAUCCGGAAAACGUAAACUGUACCUGCAACACUGAGGAAAAAGUCACCCCUUUCCGAAAUUCGGCCAACAAGGCCACACUCCUCACGACAACGCGUCCCUGGCGAAUGUCACAGUUUAGAGUGCAGGAUUCAAAGAUCGACAAAUAUCUUGAAAUAGAAGGAGCUGCAGACACAGAGCAACUCGUGGAAAAUAUCAUCAACAUCCUUAAUGGGGGAAAUGAGGAUAAACGAACAACAUGGGCUUUCAUGGAAAUGGUGUCAGCGAAGGGUCUUAAAGGAUUAUUGUCAGCACCUAUCAGUAUCACCCAGCUCGUGUGCCUGUGGUUCGAGGGCAAAUCGUUAACCGAUUCAAAGUGUGACAUUUAUGCUGGUGUGAUAAACAUGCUAUCAUGUAGACUUAGUGAUAUGCAAAGCGGGCAUAACAUUCCGAAAAUUGAACUGCCAUCCGUAUUAAAGGAACAUGAAUGCUUCACGCAAAAUCCCAUGGUUUACCUUGCGCUGGCAAAGUUAGGAUACACAACUUUGUAUUCAGAGUGCAGAGAUUCGUCUGUUGUUUUCAGCAACAAAACAGUCAACGCUUUGUUAAGCAAGGAACAGGUUGAAUUUGCAUUGAAGUCAGGCUUACUCACGGAGAAGAAAUCCAACUCAUUGAUCAAGAGAUCAUCUCACUUUUCAUUCUUUCAUAAAACACUUCAAGAGUUUUUAGCGGCUCUUCAUUUAUGUUUAAAUGAAAACGACUACAGUCAGCUAUCAAGCAAGUACGAACAAGAUAAUAAGGAAAAUAUCUUGGGAGAUGUUUCUCAGACAUUUAUUUUCAUAUGUGGAAUGAAGCCCGAGCUCGGUGUACAAAUGUCUUCAUGGAUCAAUAGUUCUAGACCACCAUACCGACCAUUACUCGACAAUAGAGAGGCUGGACUACUUCAGGACCUGAUUCUCUCCGGGCACCGUGAAGCCAGGGCGAACAACUAUGGUGACAUACCGCUCUAUCUCGCAUACUUCAGGGUUGAGAGUGACGAGGAUUUCGUAGUGUUAAAAAAGCUGAUGAUGAUAAACAAGGAACGUAUUCAGUCACUAUACAUCAAUGGAUACAAUGAUCAAAUUAAUGGGGAAGAGCUGCAGGAGGUGAUCACAUCCUCCUCCGACUCCCUCAAAGCAGUGAGACUGGAUUGCCGUGAUGGGCAGUAUGACCUGUCCCAGUGUCACAGGCUGGAAGAUCUGUGUAUAGCGGGAGACAAUACAACACGUGUGCAGGUUGAUCCAACACAUAUUACAACAUGUCGCUUAUAUGGAGUAUCAUCGAAUGUUGAAAUGUACAUAUUUAGAUUAUUUAAACACGAUCAAAGGAGGAGUAAACUACAACGUGUUGAGUUAUCUAGCGUUAAGAAUGUCCAGUUACUUGUGGAUACACUACUAAGUUUCCCUCAGUUACAACGCCUUCACAUAGAGAAUACAGAUCUAGGUGAGCUCCACCUCCUUCCUCCAGCCUCCAUCACCGAUAUUACACUUCAUUUUGUGACAAUGACAGCGGGGGCGGUGCGGAGUCUGAUAGAGACGAUGAAGAACAUACCACACACCAUUACAUGCAACAUGGUGGCAUGCAGGGUGAAACCUGCCAGUGUGCGGAGUCUGAUAGAGACGAUGAAGAACAUACCACACACCAUUACAUGCAACAUGGUGGCAUGCAGGGUGAAACCUGCCAGUGAGAUGAAAGACAUCCGAGAACAUAUAAACAGUUCGCCGUCAUUCAAGGUUCUCUUCUUUGACGAUACGAGUGGAUGGCUUAAUUUCAGAUUCACCAGAAUGUAAACAAUAAGUUAAAUGUUAGCAUCGAUUAUGGGAAUUCAUAUUUGAUGAAAAACAGUGAAACAAUCAAUGGGGAAGUGUCAUUCUAUUUAUAGAAAUGUAUGUCACUUUUUCCAGGAACUAAUUAUUAUCACCACUUUCGAUGUGUAUUCAAAGUUAAUUUGAUUUAUGUUGUGUAUUUACUUGCAUCCUAAAAUAGAUUUAACUGUACACAGCAAUGUCGUUGGGGCUGGUGUUGUUAAAUAUAUCGAACUUGGAUGAAAACUUUCUUUUUAUACGCCCGAAGGGUCGUAUUAUGUUAUGGCCUCCAUCGUCUGUCCGUCCGUCUGUCUGUCUGUCCGUCCGUUAGCAAUUCCUUGUCCGGGCCAUAACUUGGUAACUAAUAAAGCGAUUUUCAAAUAACUUUAUACAAAUCAUCACUACAUUAAAAGGAUGUGUCGCGCGCAAUUUCCAGGUCCAUACCUCAAAGACUAGAAUCACCAUGGGGGUGCGUUAGCAAAUCCGUGUCCGGGCCACAACUUGGUCACUAAUAAAGUCAUUUUCAAAUAACUUUAUACAAAGCAUCAUUACAUUAAAAGGAUGUGUCGCGCGCAAUUUCCAGGUCCAUACCUCAAAGACUAGAAUCACCAUGGGGGUGCGUUAGCAAAUCCGUGUCCGGGCCACAACUUGGUCACUAAUAAAGUCAUUUUCAAAUAACUUUAUACAAAGCAUCAUUACAUUAAAAGGAUGUGUCGCGCGCAAUUUCCAGGUCCAUACCUCAAACACUAGAAUCACCAUGGAGGGGCGUUAGCAAUUUUGUUUCCGGGCCACAUCUUAGUUACUAAUAAAGUGAUUUUCAAAUAACUUUAUACAAAUCAUCACUACAUUAAAAGGAUGUGCCACAUGCAAUUUCCAGGUCCAUACCUCAAAGUCUAGAAUCACCAUGGGGGGACGUUAGCAAUUCCAUGUCCAGGCCAUAACUCAAAGACUAGAAUCACCAUGGGGGGGCGUUAGCAAUUCUGUGUCCAGGCCACAUCUUUGUAACUCGUCCGUUAGCAAUUCUGUGUCCGGGCCAUAACUUGGUAACUAAUAAAGCGAUUUUCAAAUAACUUUAUACAAAUCAUCACUACAUUAAAAGGACCUCAAGCCGAAUCUUCUUCGGGCGUAUAAUGCUCCGUUUCGCGGUGCUCUUGUUUAAUUAUAACACAACAGUCCGUAAUCAACACGUGCAAUAGUCGGUUCAACUUGAUGGACAUUUUUUUUAAAGAAUCCCUCAAUAAAUCAACUAAUUUCCUAGUUUAAUGUGAUAUCAUUUGAUAAAUGUUAAGUACUUACUACGCUAAGAGAUUAUUAAUUGAUAUGGAAUAUUUAACUUAUUUCUUUAUUCACAAUGGCAUUCUAGCUCAGCUGUUUUUUAUAUUCUGUAUUAUAGAAAUGUAUCAAAAACACGUUGACUUUUUUAAUUUUUAUGAUCUAUUACAUAAAUUUCACAUUAUUAUAAUGCUAUCUACAAAACUAUGAUAUCAUUUAUGCACCAGUCAAUUGUAACCACGGCCCUCAGGUCCGGGGGUAUACCGGGGAAAGGCGGGGAAAUUGGCCGUGUUUUUACUUUCCAGGUGGCCCUGCAGUGCCGUGUGAGUGCGGUGGUUUUGUCUUCGCGCCAAAUAUAGCGAGGAAUUGGCCUUACCUAGGGUCCCUGGGGUGCGAGGGCAUUAAACGGGGAUCUUACCAGCAAUUCGUCCCCGCAAGACGGGGAUUUUACCCGGGCUUGGCUGGAACGAAAGUCAAAGUCCCUGCUAUUCUCCGAACCUGGGGGAGGGGCGUAGUUAUAAUUGACUGGUGCAUUAUCGACAAAUGCUUCAAAGGAAAUACCCAAACAAUAAACACAUUUAGUUACCUAAAUAAUAGAAUAUACAAUGGCCUAUUAUUUAACAUGUCACACAAUUGGAGAAUUAUUGAAGAAGAUAUGGUUA